ACAUAGAAAGUCAGACAGUGAGAGAGACAGUAAUAGUCAGACAGACAGGUGUGAUGUAUGUGUUCAGGUGUGUCUGUGAGCUGCUGUGUGUGUGUGUGAGUGUGUGUGUGUGUUUGAACCUGUUAGAUGAAGCUGUGACAUUCAGUGGUCCGACAGGAAGUCUGUUUGGAUUCUCAGUUGACUUUCACACCUUCAACAACAAGUCAUCUGUUGUCAUUGGAGCUCCCAAAGCCAACACCAACCAAUCAGGAGUGAGGGAGGGAGGGGGCGUGUUCCUCUGCCCCUGGUCACCAGGAGGCGGGGCCUGUGACAUUAUCAACUUUGACCUGGAAGGUGAUGAGGUCUACAGCAGCUCUGAUUUAUCCUUUCACUCCUUCAAGAGUCAGCAGUGGCUGGGAGCUUCAGUGCGAUCAGUUAGUGACACACACAUACUGGCGUGUGCGCCACUUUUUCACUGGAACGUUCAGAAGCGAGGGGCGGAGUCAGGGAAAACACCUGUGGGAAACUGCCUCCUAUUGGACCAGAGGACAGGAAGCUCCGCCUCCUUCUCCCCCUGCAGAGGGAUCAUGAUGGAGGACGACUACAAACGCAUGAACAACAGAAACGACCAGCGCUACUGUGAGGUCGGCUUCAGUGCUGACAUCACCAAGGAGGGUCGGCUGCUGCUCGGAGCUCCAGGAAGUUUUUAUUUCCAGGGUCAGGUCAUCACAGUGGGUGUGAGUGACAUCAUCAACAGUGGGCGGAGCGACGAUCCUCUCCGUUAUGUAGCUGGAAUCAGCCAAUCCGAUGAGAGGGGGGCUUACGACCUUUACCGUGGUUACUCAGUGGCCAGUGGUCAGCUGACUGGAGACUCCACACCAGAUUAUCUGGUGGGUGUUCCCAACGACAGAAACACAGCAGGAACAGUGAAGGUCUAUGAUGGGCGUAACAGUGGGUCUCUGAGGGUCUACCACACCUUCCAGGGAGCUCAGGUGGCGUCGUACUUUGGACACAGUGUGGCUGUAGUUGAUGUCAACAGUGAUGGUUUAGAUGACGUGUUGAUCGGAGCUCCUCUCUUCAUGGACAGAGUGACGGAGCAGCUGCAGGAGAGAGGACAGGUGGUUUUGUACCUGCAGAGACGACACUCCUUAUUCUCCUCCCAACCUGACCAAUCACUGAUCGGCUUCUCUCUGUACGGCCGGUUUGGCUCCGCCCUUGCCGUGCUGGGUGACUUGGACAUGGACGGUUACCAUGAUGUGGCCGUCGGGGCUCCCUGGUCAGGUGACCGUGGGCAGGGCCAGGUGUUUAUCUACCUGGGCAACAGUUACGGGUUGUCAGCCACGCCCUCCCAGGUGAUUGACAGCCCGUUGCCUAGCAGCAGGACAGCGUUUGGCUUUACUCUGAGAGGUGGUGCUGACGUUGAUGGGAACGGAUACCCGGACCUGCUGGUUGGAGCGUGGGCUGCAGACCGAGUGUUUGUCUACAGAUCCCGAGCAGUGAUCCGCUCCAGAGUUUCUCUCUCUCUGCUGCCAGACUUCCUGAAUCCAGAAGUCAAACUGUGUCACCGCAGAAGCACCCCUGUGUCCUGUUUUGUCAUCCAGGUGUGCGUCUACCUGUCUGGUUACAAAAUCCCUCAGGAGACAGCCCUGGGGGUGGAGCUACAGCUGGAUAGGAUGAAACAGCCGAUGGCGAGACGGACUCUGCUGCUUGGGAGCAACCAGCCGCAGGAUACGGUGAAUCUGAUGGUCCAGAGGACUGUGGGCAUGGCCUGCAUCAAUCACACCGCCUACCUGAGGGCUGAAGAGGAGGUUCGGGAUAAGUUGAGUCCGAUCUUCAUUACAGUCAAUAUCAGCCUCCUCAACUCUACCCAGCAUGCUUUGCUGCACGGACAGACACACGCUGCUGCACAGACCAGGAUCAUUCUGGAUUGUGGAGACGACAACGUCUGUGUUCCUGAUCUGAAACUGAGCGCAGAGCCCCUGUCAGACAGCGUGGUGGUCGGCGGGGAUCAGUCCGUGUGGUUGGGGGUGUCGGCAGAGAAUGGCGGUGAGGGGGCGUACGAGACCGAACUGGUGGUCCGAAUCCCUGAACACACACACUUCCAGAGCAGUCAGGGUGUCAACAGACUUGUGUGUGUUCAGAGAAAACAGAAUCAGACUGUUAUUGUGACCUGUGACCUCGGCAACCCCAUGAGACCAGGACACACACUACGGACAGGUCUUCUGUUCAGUGUCGGUCGUCUAGAGGAGGUAGAGAGACACAUCACAUUUAACCUGAGGAUCAGGAGUAAGAACUCAGUGAACCCCGACAGUAACGAGAUCUCAGUGGAGGUCCAGGUGAAAGCCGAGGCCACGUUGGAACUCAGAGGAGGCUCCUCCCCUCCCGAACUGGUCCUGCCCCUCCUGGACUGGCAGCCUGCAAUGCAUCCUGGGAUUUUAGACGAAGUGGGUCCACUAGUGGAACAUGUCUACGAGUUGAGGAACCAGGGUCCCAGUGCGGUCAACGCCCGGCUGACGGUGGACUUCCCGUCCACCUGGCGACAUCACUUCUUGCUCUACGUGUUUUCCAGCGCAUCUGAAGAAUCACUGAGCUGCCGGACCCUGAACGCAUCGCAGAUAGACCCCUUCAAGCUGCUUGGUAACUCCUCCAGUGUUUCUGCAGUUUCUCCAUCGACCCAGCCGGAGAAGACAAACUCACACAGACACACUGUUCAUCUGAACUGCAGCAGCAGACAGACAGGGUGUGUCAGGUUUGUGUGUGAUGUCACGGCAUUGGGCCGGGGCUUUAGCGCUGUCGUUAGAAUCUCAGCCAGACUGUGGACACACACACUCACACAGACUCCCUACCUGAACUAUGAGCUCAUGUCUUCCGCCUCCUAUGAGGUCAUCAAUGCAUCAUCGAAGGUCCAACCGCUGCUGCUGCCGAGUGGACACACACAGACUCGGCUCAGUGUGUCCUGGCGUCCUGAUGGACAGACGGACGUUCCUAUUGGCUACAUUGCCCUGUCAAUCAUCUCAGGCCUCUUCCUUCUGAGCAUGCUCUGUUUCAUCUUCUGGAAGCUGGGUUUCUUUAAGCGGACUCGCCCCCCCACUGAUGAAGAUGAGGAUGAAGAGCAGAAGCUGGCAGAGGAGUCACAUGACUGAAUCUCUCUCUCUCCACACACACACACACACACACACACACACACACACACACACACACACAUAGGUCACAUGAUGUUCCUCAUGAGUUUCAUUGAUUACUGAUAAAAUCAAUAUCAGCCUUUGUUGUUAUUCUGUUAUCAAUAUCUUUAUUAGUCUAUGAAUCAUUAUAUUUGAUUCCAGUGAUUCUAUUUUAUUAUAUCGAUUAUAUUUAAAUAUAUUGAUUAUGUUCAAUUCAAUUCAAUUCAAUUUUAUUUGUAUAGCACCAACUCAUAACAGAAGUUAUCUCAGGACACUUUUCAAAUAGAGCAGGUCUAGACCGAACUCUUUAAAACAUUAAUUACAGAGACCCAACAGUACCACCAUGAGCAAGCACUUGGAGACAGUGGCAAGGAAAAACUGCCUGUUAAGAUUACUGAUCAGAUGAUUAUUGUCACAUGAAGCAGCUGUUGUUAUUUAUUACUUUGUUUCUUCUUCUGUGGUCUUAUUGCUGAACAAACAGUUUGUUUCUCCUUCAGCAGGAAAUUAAACCAACUCCUCAUCAGCUGGAAUCUACUCUGAUUACUCUGAUUACUCUGACAGUACACAGUCUGUGUACUUCUACUAGUACUCAUAUUUUACUGCAGGACAUUAUUAUUAACAGUUAUUACCUGUUUAUUAUCAAUAAACACCUGAAACUAAUAAA